CUUUAAUGACAGGAAGAAGGGCGUCCGCCAACUGAAGAGGAUUUAAUAUCGAUGUGUGUGUCAUAUUCCUCCAAUGCGGUUCAGACUACCGAGCUAUACUUGGCUCUUCCGGUUAAGAAGCUUUUACAGUGCGUCGCCGGCGUGUGCUCCACGCGACGACAUUGCAACAUACACCGUGUGUCCUACGCCAUUCACUCGGAAACUCGGGAUGAGUACAACCGUGAGCAGCAGCGGCCAGGAGGGCUCAGGCGGAGCCGACACGCCGGUGCUGUUCUCCCCGCUCAAAACCGCGGAGAUGACCGGUCCUCGUGCGGUAAAUACUCUUCUAGCCCAGGAGAGAAACUUCAGAACGCCGAGUCCCAAGUGCGGCGACUAUGAUGAAGACUCGGAGGCUGAGUCGUUUCGGGAUGGCCGCAGCGAGGAGGUCGACCGGGAGACGAGGAGCCGAGCGUUUACGUGGUGUCGAGACUUUCUGUCCGGGUCUUGGAAGGUUAUCUCUGAGUCAGACUUCCAGAUAAGCAUCGUCAGCGGUGGACUCAGUAACCUGCUGUACUUGUGCAGUUUGCCCAACCAUGUGGACUCAAUGGGUGUGGAGCCUCGGCAGGUUCUACUCAGAAUAUAUGGAGCCAUCCUGCAGGGAGUAGAUUCUCUCGUGUUGGAGAGUGUUAUGUUUGCGAUAUUGGCAGAACGCACAUUGGGACCGAAACUGUACGGGAUCUUCCCCGAAGGACGCUUGGAGCAAUAUCUUCCGAAUACACGCAUGCUCACACACCAGCUGUCCCACCCCCCCAUCUCAGCUGAGAUUGCUACCAAGCUCGCACGCUUCCAUGAAAUGGUGAUGCCGUUUAACAAGGAGCCCAAGUGGCUGUUUGGAACCAUUAACAAGUACAUGGAUGAAGUGAUGAAGCUCAAGUUCACCCGGGAAGCUCAUUUGAAGAAGUACAAGAAGCUUAUGAAGUUGGACUUGCCUGCUGAGCUGGAGAGCCUCAAGGCACUUUUGGCUGAGACUCACUCGCCUGUAGUUUUUUGCCACAAUGACGUUCAAGAAGGCAACAUCCUGAUCCUGCACAGCGGAGACCAGAGCAACUCGGACCGCCUUAUGCUGAUCGACUUUGAGUACAGCAGUUACAACUACAGGGGCUUCGAUUUUGGGAACCAUUUCUGUGAGUGGAUGUAUGAUUACACGUAUAACCAGUGGCCUUUCUACAAGGCCACGGAAGACAACUACCCCACCAGGGAGCAGCAGCUUCAUUUUAUCCGAAGUUAUUUGUCGGAGCAGAAGAAGUACUCUGAAAUGAACAUGGAUCUGGAGAACGUUGAAGAGAACAUGAUCAUUGAAGCCAACAGAUAUGCUUUGGCGUCGCACUUCCUCUGGGGUCUGUGGUCCAUCAUUCAAGCAAAGAUAUCCAAGAUUGAGUUUGGCUACAUGGAUUACGCCCAGUGUCGCUUUGAUGCCUACUUCAAGCAGAAAAAGCUCUUCUCCUAAACGUCCUGCAAGUCUGUUUCUUCACCGUCAUGCUGGUCAGUGUGAUGGCUACACUCCUCCUAUGCAGCUACAUGAAAAAUAUGUACUUUUCUACUCGUGCAACGGCACAAUCUGAAAAACCUGAAGCACUCAUUCCCGUCGUCUGUGAAACCCACUUCAGCAGUGUCUGCUCUGUCAAUGGUUGAGUCAUGCGUGAGAAGAAUUUCCAUUCAGAUGGACCAUUUAUUUCAUUAUUUUGUGUAUGCGUUACACUCAAAAAGAUGCUUGCAAUAUCAUAAAGGUGUUGAUUUAAUUACCAACAUUUAAAAACAUAGAAGGAAAGUUGAGAGUAAAAGGCUUUUUUUGUUUGCUUUUUAAAGCGCUGAAUUAAGUGAAAUAGCGCCACCUUGGGACCAUCGGUUUUUACUAAGAAAGUGCCUCUAAUCUGUUUGCCCUUUUAACUUUAACAUUGCAAAUGUAUUGUAACUACUAUAGACCAAAUUGAACAUUUGUAGUCCAAAUUGAAUGCAUUAGCACCUUUCUAAAGGAUAACUGCUUCUUCUUUUUGUCAUGAAAACUUACUGUAAACUAAGACAUUUUAUUUGAUAAGUAAAUUAUCAUGAUUAUUCACGUAAAUCUGAAAAAAAAAUGCCACUUUUAUAUGGCUAGUGUUGACACUAGAGGGCAGGUUUUAUCAGGUGGAAAUACCUGUUGAUCUUAGUUAUUGAGAAAUUCAUAACUGAAGUGCAUGCAUCAUACGCUUUUGACCAACAAUACAGUGAAAAACUGUUUUCACAAAGCAGACGGGAGACCUACCUACUUUGAGACCAUUCUGUUAGUAUUAUUGUCCUUGACUCCAUUGUUGUUGACAAUUCAUUCAUAAUACACGAGAAAUUCGCCAUGCAAUUGUCUCAACUAAUAUCUUUGUUACUAUCAUGAAUGAUCCAGAAGCACUCGCAAAACAUUGUUUUUACCAGUAAUUAUCACUUUAUUACACCAUAAAGAAGGAAAACGCAAAAAAAGGAAAAUUGUCCUGGUAUUAUUGACCUAAUAAUAAGAAUAUUAUUAUUAAUGUUGUUGUUGUUGAAUAACUCAAAGUAUGCAACCUUUACUACUAUGCCACUUGAAACAUUUAGUGUUCUAUUGUAACACAUUUAUAUUCAUUUCUCCCAUAAUUAAAUGACCCAAGGUCAUCAUCUAUCGAGAUGAACUAUUUUACAGUUAGUCUUGUCGUCACAUAUCUGUUUUUCAUGGCAUUUACAGACCAACACACCACCACAGCAACAUGUUACACAGAUAUGAAAUGGAAAUGCCUUCAGAGCUCUGUGUUCGAGCUCAUAUGCACCUAGACUUGUCUCCCAUGUUGAGAAAAAUAAGCUUUUACUGUCAGCUGCAACUUUUUAACUUGGGUUGCUCACUUGAACUCACUUGUACUUGGACCGUCGGACACUAGUGACGGUUCGAAGUGUGAUCCAUCAGAAUGCUUUUUUUUUUUUUUUUUUUUUUUUUCAAUCUCAUUACGUUUGGAUCUGAGCUCCUCUACCUCACUGGUGCUUCAUUCUGUUGCGUAGAUCGGUUCCAAUUCAAAAGAAAAAAAAAUUGUUAUUCAUGUGGCAACAAACGGUCAUGUAGUGUUUUUUUUGUAACGUCUGUAGCAAUUCUCUAAAUCUGCUUGUCUGACUGUAAAUCACGCACAUGUAUUCAUACUUGAUUGUACCAUGUAAAGCGGAGAAUGUGUUUUCCGUGAUAAUGAAGUUUCGUUUUACAGCUAAAACCCAGCCUCAGAAGUAUUUGUCUCUUGCCGUCUACUGCAUUUCCUUCUGACCUGUAUUUAUCAUGUUCUAACAAAAUGAAGCGCAACGUGUUCGUGUAUGUCGACUGUUGAAACCCUCCUGUACAUCUUUGCACUAAAAUAAAAGUUAAAUUUGCCCAUU